CCUCCCAUUGAGCUGAAGUGUCACCAAAUCAGGGCCAUGGUGAGCACGGCGGGCUUCGCGGCCGUCUUUUACAGUGAGCCAGCGGUGCUGGGGCUCCUUGCGAAUGUGGUCAGCGCCUUUCUCCUCUGCCUGCAGAACUUCACUGUGGUGCACACCGGCAUCAGGCCACAGGGACCAGAAGACAUACUUGCAGGUGUCCACCUUAUCCUGAUUGGAGGCUUUGUCCAGCUCCUGUCAGGAUUUCUUGCCUUCCGGAAGUAUGACCACCUCGGAGGUGCAGCCUUUCUCACCUUCUCUGCUCUGUGGAGUAGCUAUGGGGCUACACGCAUCAUUACAGCUGCUUAUCCCUCCUUGCAGAACGUAACGCUGAACUCAGAGAAUGCCAGCCACCUCCUGCCUGCCGGCAUGGCGCACCUCUCUGCCAGCCAAAGUGCAGUGGCUGGGUUGGUGGCCUACAUUUCCAUUUCCUUUAUCCUUUCCUUCUGCUCAGCCACAGUGAACUACAUCAUGCCCUUCAUAUUUGGGGCCAUCGCACUUGCCCUGGUGUUUGAAGCAUUUGCGCUGUUCAGCCAGUGGGCCCUGAUAGUGUCAGGUGUCAUUGAGCUAGUUAUUGUCACGUGUGGGUUGUAUGGAGCGGUGGCUCUCCUGUUCAAGGGCAUCACCCAACGGUACAUCCUUCCAGGCUUUGGGCAUCCUCUCUUCAAUGUCUUGCUACUGGGGUCAGCACAGAAGAGCUCUUCCAAGGCCAUUGGGGAAGAAAAGAAAAAGAAUACAAAGUACGCCGAGCCAAUGGCCCUAGGCAACAUCUGUGACACUGUCCCUUCCUUUAUAUUUGCUUUUUACUUCUUUGGGUACAUGAAGAACUUCUGUGUUGCGGCUGCAUGGGUGUCCAUCAUCUCCAGCUGCCAGCUGCUCUCCAGCUUCUACAGUUAUCUGAGAGGUGAUGCCUACUACACUACCAAGUUUGGUGUCCACAGCCUCUACUGGCUGGUGAUGGCUUGGGAAGAGUUUACACUCGUUGCUUUCCUUGAGCUGUCCAAAGCUCAGGAAAGCAGGCUGGGAAUGGUCGGAGGGUGGUUAUUCCUGGCCAUUGCCUGUGUGCUGUUUCUGAUGUCAACCCACAAAGAUACUCUGGAGAUGUUGCAAAAUGCCUCAUUCAUCAUUCUCAUCGCUGCCUUCAUCCAUCAAAUCCCAAUGCCAGGCGCUUACCUGUUCCUUGGAGCUGCCUGCUGCCUUUGCACUGCUCUCUCAAUGUACGCCACCUUCGCCAGCCUUAUCAACUCCAUUGGGGAGAAGGCUUUGAUUCCAGUCGGUGUCCAGGCUAUGUCCAGCUCAGCUCUUCAAACCACACUGAUGGCUGCCAAAGCCUUCUUUACAAGAUCCAAGGAUUUCCCAAGCGGCACACAAGCAGAAGUGCCCGAUGCCUUGUUCUACAUCUGCAAUGGCCUGGCUGCUGUCUCUGCCAUCCAGGGCAGUUUCAGUACCCCCAGCAGACAGCAGCUCUCCAUAUCGUCUGUGCUCAUCCCAGGAGCCAUCAUGCAGCUCUACGUCUGCAGGAUCCAGGUUCAAGGCGGAAGAAGAUUUGGCCCCAUUCUUCCAUUCUGCUACGCUGCCUUCUGGGGAACAUGGACCUGGCUUCGAUUUGCAGGCCACUUGGUGAACAUUGGCGCAGGCAGAAGUGAAGGAUUCACUGCUGGUUCUAUUGCCUUUUUGGUACUCAAUGCUUUUUUAAUGAUUUUAGCUUCUACUUUUAACGUGGUUCUUCUCUCCACGACUGUUGCAAUGGAGCUCUUGACCAUAAGUUUUCUGCUCUUUACAUUGGAAAACCUCCCUUUGCCAUUUGAAAUUGUGUUGCUCAGCAUCUUCAGCAUCAUCUGCUUUUACGGAGCAACAGCAUCACUUGCAAACAGCAUGUUUGGGAAGGACCUGAUGAUGAUGGGACCCCCUUUGUUCACAGUUGAAAGCUCAAAAAAGGAUGUCAAAGAGCCUCCACCCUGUAUCUGCCCCAAGUCCUACUGUACGAGCGGUUUGAGGAUCAUUGCUGACUUGCUGAACACAGGGGCGGUAUGUGGGGUCCCAACGGACACCGUGUAUGCUUUGGCAGCCUCCUGCAAACACCCUGAAGCCAUUGAGAAGGUCUACAGAAUCAAGGACAGACCUCAAGAGAAGCCCAUCUGCAUCUUUAUUUCAAACCUGGACCAGCUGCGAGCAGCUGCUCCCCCUAUCAGCCCACUGCUUUGGGAAUUCAUGGAAAAUGUUUACCCUGGUGGCAUCGGCUGCAUUGUCAAGAAAGGAGAGUGGCUGAAGAAGUUAGGGGUUGGAGCAGGCUACAGCAGAGUGGGAACUCAAGACAGCAUCAUGAUCAGAGUGCCUGACUUGACUGUCCUGGUGCACCUCAUCGACAUGACGGGACCCUUGGCAAUCACAUCUGCCAAUCCUAGUGGAGAAGCUGACAGCACACACCAUGACAUGGUCAUUUCGCGUCUUGGCCAUAAGCUGGAGGGUGUUCUUUGUGAUGGAGAAUCUGAUGAGGUGGUGGCAUCAACUGUGGUCAACUGCACAAAGAUUGAUGAAAGUGGCAUCACCAUCGUGAGAGAAGGCUGCAUACCAGCAGGCAAGGUGAUGCAGAUAUUUGAAAGCGUGAAGAACAGAGCAGUCUGAAACAGAAGGAGACUCCCACUGAACCAAGGCACAGCGUGUGGUCUCACGAAAAGACAUGAGGCAUCCCGUGGAGCACACAGCUUUGUGAAAGCCUCAUCUUCUCCAGUCAAGCACUUACUCCCUUGGGAAACAGCAAA